CCAGGGUCCAGCUUCGUGAUUCCGUUCCUUUGGGCUGGCCGUCUUUUUCCCGCAUUACAACCGCAACCUUCACAGUCAUGAAUCAACCGCCCAUUGAGGAUAUACGACGACAAAAUGCCUUCAUCAUUGUCUCGGCCGUCAUGAUAGUCGUGGCCCUGCUGUUCGUCAUCCUUCGGUGCGUCAGCAGGUUCAUCCUUAUCCGAACUCCUGGCCCAGAUGACUACUUUAUCAUUGCUGCUAUGACCCUCACUCUUGGUUAUCUCGUCAAUGUCAUCCUCGCUGCGCAGAAUGGCAUCGGCCUGCCCAUGUCGACACUCACUCUACAAAACAUGGUCAACUUCCUCAAAAUCGUUCUCGCCAUUGAAGUCAUGUACUAUGUCAACGUCUUUUGUAUCAAGGUGUCCAUUCUCUUUACCUACCUCCGAUUUGCCGUGACACGCACUUUUCGUAAUCUUUGCAUAGGAACCAUCGUCUUGCACGUUGUUUUCGUUCUUGUUUGCAUCUUUACCACUCUGGCACAAUGCCAGCCUAUUCACAAGUUUUGGGACAUUACCGGACAAGUUAAAGGCACCUGCAUCAACACCACCGCCUUCUUUUACUUCACCUCCAGUUUCAACAUCGUCACCGACAUCUGGAUCCUCCUCCUCCCCAUCUCCACCCUCCGCGAAAUUCACCGCCCACCGCGCGAAAAGGUCGCUCUCUUCCUCAUUUUCGGCGUCGGUACCUUCGCCACCAUCGCCUCCAUCGUCCGCCUGCACACCAUCUACACCUACACCCUAGCCAAGGACCCGUUCCACGAGGGAACCAAGGUCAACCUUUGGUCAGUCAUCGAGGUGACCAUCGCCAUUUCGUGCGCCAGUGUCAGCGCGUUGAAGCCCAUGUUUAGCAGACGGCAGCGGAGGCUCACCCUGGGAGCAAUCGGGGGAAGGAGUGGUGGUCAUGGCUACCGAGCCUACGGGACAGGGACAUUUACUGGUACCAAUCACACGGGGAACGGGACUGGAGCAGGGAGUAGGAGUACAGGCACGUGGGCUUUGUCGAAGAAUAAGGGGGGUAUUAACAACGGACUGGGCGCACAAUCCAGCGAAAUCGGAUUACAUGAUGACAUGGAAGACAUGGAGGAUAUUGAGCUACAGAGGCUUGGCUCACAUGCAGAAACUCUUGUCGACGACCAAGUCCAGGCAGAGACGCCAAAAGAGGGGGAGAAGGAGUUCAACCGCCACUGGUCGCAACACUCGUCAUCGGCUUAUUCAAGACAACAACAGCAACAGCAACAGCAACAACAACAACACGCCCGACAACAAUCCACCUCCUCAGGGGCAUUCAUCUCCCCCGCCUCCCCAAAAGGCCAAACAACAACGCCCAACGACAGCGCCUCCUCCUCCUCGAACCUCUCCCCAAUCCAAAUCCAACGACCAAAACCAGCAGCCAUCCCCAUCAACAACCAAACCCGCCCCUUUUCCUUUCCUCCACCACUAUCGCCGAACCAGAUCGCAGUUCACAUGGGAUUGAAAUACCCUGGAUACCAGGGACCUGCUAGUCAGCAACAGCAGCAGCAGCAGCAACAGCAAUACGGCGGUGGCGGCGCUAGUGCUAGUGCUAGGGGAAGGGAGAGGGGCAUGUCUGAGACUGCCUCUGCUACCUCUACCUCUAGGCAGAUGACAAUGAUGGGCGGAGUACAGAGUCAGGGUCAGGGACAGGGUCAGAGUCUGGAUGGUGGGACUUGGGCAGGACUCCAGGGAGAGGUGGUCAGUACAGGUACUAGACCGCGGGACGGUACAGCUACUAGGCCGCCGAUAGGGCCGAGGGCGAGUACGUUUGGGGAGUGAUAAUACUACCUACCUACCUAAUUAAUGCGUGCUGACAUGGAGGUGGAAGGGCAUGCUGCUGCUUAAUAUUAAUACAUGG